UCCAAUGGCGUGGGGGAAAAAUCCUGGGCAAAAUCAAAAACGAAGAAACCCAAUCAAGCUUCCUUCUCUCUCUAAUGGCGUCAUCGCCAUUUCUCCUCCUCAUGAUCCUUAUCGUAGUGCUAUUAACUCUUUCAACGAUGGCGAACUCGACGCGAAUCUCUCGACUCGACGUCAUCUCGUGGGGCUGCAACAAGGACAACGUCUCCGACGGAGCGGCCUAUCUGAGAUCUUACCAGGGAAACCUAGAAAAGAUCCGGAAUCACAUGAAGAAGCUCAAGUUCGGUAGGCACGAGCACGGAGAUCCGCCGCAGAGGAUGUAUGUCUUGUCGCAGUGUAUGGGCGAUCUGACCCUCGAGGAAUGCGGCGUGUGCUGGUCACGCGCCGCCGAUCUCCUCUCUCAAUGUUUUCCGGCCACGGGAGGCAGGUUUUAUCUCGACGGGUGCUUCAUCAGGGCCGAGAAUUACAGCUUCUACGACGAAGCUAUCACGCAUUACGACAGCAAGGUAUGCAGUAGUGGCAAUGAAUCAACCGCACAAUUUGGGAACUUAGUGAAGCAAGUGAUUAAAGACAUUGAGUAUCGGGCUCCGUAUAUUCAAGGUUUUGCAGUCAGCCAAAAGGGUGACCACCAUCACCACCUAACUGCAUAUGGGUUGGGAAUAUGCUGGCAAACACUUGACGAGGAUUUGUGCAAAUUAUGCUUAUCAGAUGGAGCUUUAUCUGUAGCUGGUUGCUUGCCUUCCAAGGAAGGUUUCGCCCUUAAUGCAGGCUGCUAUUUGCGUUACUCUGACUAUGCCUUCUACAGCGAACGUGGUUCCAUCCGCUCUUUAGGUGCAACUAGGGCUUUUGUUAUAUAUAUCUUGUUUAUUGUUAUUGUGGGCGCAUUGGCGCUUACAACUGGAUAUUGGUGUGGGAAAUGCAUCUAUGUGCUCACUAGUGGAGGAAAGAAGCGACGAGAGAAGGAGUCUCGGGCUGUAUGCAAUGACUCGAAAUUCAUGAGGUUCAAGUACUCGACUCUUCAAAAAGCAACCAGCAACUUCAAUGAGACUUGCAGGCUUGGUAUUGGAGGAUAUGGUGAAGUGUUUAAGGGAACUCUGCCUGAUGGCAGAGAAAUUGCGAUAAAGCGCAUGCAUAUCAGUGGAAAUAAACCACAGGAAGAGAUUCAUAAUGAGAUUGAUGUCAUUAGCAAAUGCGAGCAUAAGAACUUGGUUCGUCUCUUAGGAUGCUGCUUCACCAACAUGAAUAGUUUCAUGGUCUAUGAAUUCCUUGCAAAUACAAGCUUGAAUCACUUCCUAUUCCACCCGGAGAAGAAGAAAGAGCUUGACUGGAAGAAGAGGCUCGCGAUAAUUUUAGGCACAGCUGAAGGGUUAGAGCAUCUUCAUGAAUGCCGGAUAAUCCAUCGAGACAUCAAAGCAAGCAACAUCUUGUUAGACUUAAGAUACAAACCCAAAAUAUCAGAUUUUGGAUUAGCCCAGUUUUACCCAGACAGCAACAAGAACAUACCUCCCUCUCCCAUCGCUGGAACGCUAGGGUAUAUGGCUCCUGAAUAUAUCAGCGACGGAAGACUAACCAGUAAAAUCGAUGUUUAUAGCUUCGGAGUCCUUGUUCUUGAGAUAGCAUGUGGUGUCCCAAACAACAGAUUCAGAUCUGACAACUCGUUGGAAACAUUAGUAACUCGAGUGUGGCAGUGCUUUUCUUCGGACAAGGUAGAAGAGAUGAUAGACAAAGACAUGGAUAACGUAGACGAGGUCAAGAGAGUGAUCCAGAUAGGCCUCUUGUGCACACAGGAGUCUCCACAUCUUCGCCCUUGGAUGUCUAAGCAAACGUGGAAAGUCACUCGCUGCUUGCCCGUCAUUGGUCGUUGGGUUUGUGAAGUGAAUUUCGAGAUCCCACAUAAUGGUGAAGUAGCUGCCGACGCAUAAAUUCGGUCGGCCCAUCACAAUAAUUCCGAGAGCUAACGUUUCAUAAUACGACAACAGAAUCUGGUUGCGAUGUGGAAUAAAUCCGAUCCCUUUCCUUUUCAUGUGUGAGCGCUUCUGAUAAGAUUUACGUGUUAUCUUCUAGACGUGUUGCUAAUUGCUAUUAUGGUUUUUGUUUUUUUUAUAAUCCUAAGUU